CAAUCAGUCGUUUUCCGAUUUUUCGGAGAGGGUGACGGACGGGCUGAGCAAAUUUUUAUUGUUUUCGUUUUCGCGAGCCGUCACUGGCAAAAUUACAAUUUAUAAACAAAUAAAGGGACUAUCGUGUUCGUGCUGUGAUUUAUUUUAAACUUUGUUCAUCGUGAAUUAACAGUGAUUAGAUAUGGAGGACAAGUUGAUGUUAGGCGAUGUAAAUAGCACCUUGAGAGAAAGGGUGUUUUUUGCAGCCAGGGACGGGAUGUCCUUAACUCUAUACGCGUUAUUAUACGAAAAAAACACAGACGAAAUAGAUGACCUAUUGAACAGCGAUGUCUGCUGCGACGGCGUCAAAUGCACACCCCUCAUCGCCUCAGCCCGUCACGGACGCGAAGGAGCCGUCCGGAUACUACUUGACAAGUUCCGGCCACCGGUCCGGUUGGAAACCGAAGGCACUGUGAAGUUUGACGAGUAUGUUAUUGAAGGUGCCACAGCCCUCUGGUGCGCCGCGGGCGCCGGCCACCUCGGUAUAGUGAAGCGGCUUGUCCGCGCCGGCGCAAACGUCAACCAUGCCACAAAAACACUCAGUACGCCGCUCAGAGCAGCCUGUUUUGACGGAAGACUCGACAUAGUCAAAUAUCUAGUCAGGCAUGGAGCUGAUAUACAUAAGGCAAAUAAGUACAAUAACACAUGCCUCAUGAUCGCAGCUUAUAAGGGACAUUUGGAUGUGGUCCAAUUCCUCCUAGACAGCGGCGCCAGAGUGGACGAGCGGGCGCUCUGCGGCGCCACGGCGUUACAUUUUGCUGCCGAGUGUGGACAUGCGGCAGUUGUCUGCGCUCUUAUUGAACAUAACGCGAAAAUAUUGACUAAUGAGAAUGGUAUGACACCACUACAAUGCGCAGCGGAACGCGCGCGGGCAUCCGUAGUGGAGCUGCUGGCGGGGAGGCCGGAGGUCACGCGGGCGCAGGCCGUCGAGGCCUUCGAGCUGCUGGGGGCCUCGUUCGCUAACGACAAGGAGUACUACUGUCUCAGGAUGGCGUACCAGUAUUUACGCAAAGCCAUGGCCAUGCGAUAUGACACGCGGUACGGUUUGCUGCUCAAAAAACCCGCGGACCCCAUACCGGCGUACGAUAAUUGGAAAGAGAGCACUACACUAGAGGAAGUGGAGCGACUGCACGGCAACGCGCACGGGCUGCACAUGGAAGGGCUGGCGGUGCGCGAGCGCGUGCUCGGGCGGCGCUGUCCGGACUUGCCCCAUCCCAUCGUGUUCCGCGGCGCCGUGUUCGCGGACGAGGCGCGCUUCGACCGCUGUCUCGCACUGUGGCGACACGCGCUGCUACUGAGGCAACAUAACUCGGUUUCAGUGGUGAAAGACUUGCUUAGAUUCGCUCAAGUGUUCUCGCAGAUGAUCCAUAUUGGAAUUGAAUUGCCAUUAGACAAAGUGUGUUACGUCCUAGAAGCUUGCGCGGAAGAACUGAGGCGGGGCACCAAAAGACUCGAGACACACCAACCGAACCACGAUCCGGAAUCUUUGAUAAACCUGUGUCGCGCGCACGUGUUGCAGGAGGAGUAUGAGAGCAACGUGCGGACUGCACUGUACCUGGUUGCUGUCGCUGCUAGACUGUUAGAAAAUGAUGAUAAUAAUGAGGAAACCACAAGCGCAGUAAGAAGAGCAAUCUUCAGGCUACGCGACGCCAGGCUACGGUCCGGACAGACCCUCCUACAUCUGGCCGCGGACAGGCGGACGCCGGUCGACGACUUCCAUACUAGCGAUGUCUGCCAGUUCCCUUGUCCACGAACGACACGAUUGUUGCUGGAUUGCGGGGUUGAAAUGGACGCGGCGGACGACUCGCGACGCACUGCGCUGCACGUGGCUCUCAUCUCCUACCAGCUCAUACCAGACACGAGAGCGCAGUGGGCUAUGUCGCUGCGCGGCGUGGUGUUCGAGCUGCUGGCGCGCGGCGCGCACGCCGACGCCGUCGACUGCGACGGCAUCACGCCGCUCGUCGCGGCCAUCGGUGGUCCAGCCGAGACGGUGGUCCGCGCCGCGCUGUCCCCGCGCCUGGCGUGCCUGGCCGCCGCCGCGCUGGCGCGCCACCAGCGCCGCUACCCCCCCGCGCAGACCCCCCGCGUGCUGCACGCCUUCCUAGAGAUGCACGGCGUCAAACCCGCCAGGGAGUGUUGAAACCACCAUCCGACACAUCACCAGUGCUUGUACCCUUUCUGGAUACAUUUCGAACGCGCGCUCGGUAGGACCGGCCAUGUGAUGUGCGAUGACCCGUACAGGGGGGUCACGCAUCCGAGCGGGUGUAGGGAGUAGGCCGAUAGGGAUGAUGACACGUGUUGAAUUUUAUAACAAAAUCUAGUCACAUAAAUAGCAAAUGAGCAAUAAUGUUGAUAUUAAAAUAAUAUAUGGAAAUAAUACAAAAAUACAGGAGUUGAAAGUUUCAAAAUUUAAGUAAUUUUUUAGCUUCCAAGAAGGGAAAAGUAAGGGUACCAUUACAUUUUAUCAAAAAACAAAUUGUGUAACAAUUUUUUUUUGGAUAAAAACGCAAUAUUUUCGACAAAAAUGCAAUUUUCCUGUUUUGUCCAUACAUUCAAAAUCGGCUCUCAGUGACCUUGACGUCACGUUCACUUCGUUUUGUUAGGAGCGUUUCGCGAAUGAAGUACGACUGUCGGACUGACUAUCAUUUCUGACUUUUGUUUUGCUUUAAUGCAAUGGGCCCCAUAUAGACAUUUGAUCCUAAAAAUAAACCUAAUUGAUUGUUAUCAUUAAUGAAAAUUUAUAUAUAUAUUUAUUUUUUUUAUUCAUUAAAUAUAUACAACAAACUUUUCACUAUUUCUAAUUAUACAUUUUAAUUUAAGCCAGCAUUUAAAGACAUAGUGUGCAGUAACAGCCCAAAAAGACCGGGGCCUGUGCUAGGGCUAGUUACAAUAUAUGUGACACCAUUUUUAGAGAGCGAUCGGAUUUUGGAUAAACAAUUUUCUUAUAAUAUAAAGUUUACUUGGUCAUCUAGCCUCCUCUCGCGACCUAGGAGGAGGGUCUAGAUGGCGCGAUUAGUACAGGUCGAUUCACAGGAGCUGGAACAUCAUCUCAAACGUCCACUGCUGGACCAAGGCCUCCCUCGAGGAUCUCCACAACGAACGGUCAUUCGCUGCCGUCAACCGACGGUUUGGUGUACUGACAUUAGGUACAAUACAAAUGGAAAAUAGUCCAGUUGAAAUGACCACUUAAGUUGGAUCAAAAGUAAUAGUAUCCAAAGUGAAUCUACUUCUAGUCAAAAUGUAAUUGUGCUAAAAACCAUUUUUAACCAAAUUUGUCAUCGUCGUAAAUUCAUUAAGCCAGAAUGGAAUUAUGUCCAUUAUAAAUUAUAUUUUUUCUGAGUGUUGCUAUGCCUCUUACGGGUGCAUGUUGUAACCUAAGAUAUAAAUAAGACCUACUUUAAACACAUGUAUGCAAUAAAUGAUAUGAAUAUUAUAUGAAAAUGAGUGUACGUAAUGGUAGCUCCGACUGUAUACCGAUACAGGUGUCACUUAUACAAUGAAAGUUUCUUUCGUUCCAUUCGUGCCAGCUUUCGUUUAUCAACCUGUACGAGGGUAGUCGAAGGAAUAGAUUUAAUGCCAGUUGCACCAUCCGCGCUUGACAGACUGAUCAACGUCACCCGGCGUGCCGCGGCGGUUUACUAUGAAACUUUCCAUACAAUAAAAUUUUGCGAACUCUUUAACGAUGACAAACAGUUUGGUGCAACCGACGCUAAGACGCGUGAAAUGAUACCAAACGGGUCAUUGUGUAUGUACAUAUAAAAAGUUUUAAGUACAGUUAGCUAGCAAUUUUAACAUGCGUUCACAAAUAAGACACUACAUAAAUCACUAAGCCAUCAAGAAUGAAUUUAUUUUAUAACGAGCUCAUGACCCAUUUUGAAAAUUAGUCCGUUAUUUAAUUGUAUACCUUAUAUAACAAAGCAUAAGGUCUAAAUUAGAAAUCGAAAGGUACAAGCACUCUUGAUAGUCCUCAAUUAAUUUAAGAAUACAUCAAGCUAACUUUUACAAACUCGUAUCUGACUAAGAAAGAAAAAUCUGAUUCAUUAAAAAUAGUAAUUAUGAAAUACGAGUUUCUAAAAGUUAUAAUAAUGUCUCUGUACAGGUUUUUAAAUAAUUGUUCUUUGCCAUUUCAUAAAAGUAAACUAGUACUUUAUGAAUGAGAUGUAGUCUAAGAUUGAUCGAAAAAUGUACAUAUAUCGAUAGGUGAUGGUGUCUUGUAAAUAAUGUGCUGGCACUCGAAAAACUACUUUAUCUCUAUGUUCCUUAAGUUGUAUAUUUAAGUCUUGAUUAUCACGAAAUCUUUACGAUGGAAUUGUUAAUAAUAGCAAAGUUUCUUUGGUUGUGUAAGGAUGUAAAUUCUAAGAUAAAGA